GCAGAAAAACGCACCAUCGAACUCAGUAAAAUCUUCGGAGACAAAAGCAAAAAUCCCCUCAUAGGUGCCAUCACCUUACUUAUCCGCAUUAUUCUCCAUGUAAUUAUCUGCUGAUGUUUACCGUCCUCUUUGCAUAGCCCUGGUCACAUGACGACGUCUGGACCAAUAAGAGCCAACCUCUGCGCUCCUGUGCGCGUCAGAGCGGCUUUUACUCCCUGGGAGCCCCACCGUCUCCUUUUUUUAGUCGCUGGGCUUUUUAAAAAAGAGUCAGAAGCUUCAGAUGUUGGACGCCGUGCUAUGACAACGUCACUGCUCCUCCGUUCUCGCUGGGUCGACCCGUCGGUAAUGUUCGUCUAUGACAACGGUGGCGGUUCCGACGAAGCCAGCAAGAACAUGGAGGGUUUCCCGGGUGGCAACUUCGCAGCGAAUCAGUGCAGGAAUCUGAUGGCGCACCCCGCGUCCCUGGCACCCAGUGCCGCAGCGGCUUACUCCUCCGGGGACGUUCACGUUUCCGGUGUAGGCGAGCCGGCGAAGCAGUGCAGCCCCUGCUCUGCGGCUCAGAAUUCAACCAGCGCGUCCCUUCCUUACGGGUACUUCAGCUACCCGUGCAGGAUGUCGCAUCACAGCGGCAUUAAGUCAUGCGGAGCGCAGCCGCCUUCUGCGUACGGAGAGAAAUACAUGGACACGGCCGCCUCGGGAGAGGAGUUCUCCUCUCGGGCUAAGGAAUUUGCUUUCUAUCCAACUUACCCUUCUGGACCAUAUCAACCCGUCCCAAGUUACCUUGAUGUUCCUGUGAUGCCUACUAUCAGCGCGCCGUCAGAAGCCAGACACGAGUCCCUGCUGCCCAUGGAGAGCUACCAACCUUGGACUCUCGCCCCCAACGGCUGGAACAGCCAGGUUUACUGCGCCAAGGAGCAGCCUCAGCCUGGGCACAUGUGGAAGUCCUCCCUGCCAGACGCAGUGUCCCACGCGGCAGGAGACGUCGCCUCUUUCCGGCGCGGGAGGAAGAAACGCGUGCCAUACACCAAGGUGCAACUGAAGGAGCUCGAGCGAGAGUACGCCGCCAAUAAAUUCAUCACAAAGGACAAACGGAGGCGGAUAUCUGCCCAGACCAACCUGUCCGAGCGGCAGGUCACGAUAUGGUUUCAAAACAGACGCGUCAAGGAGAAGAAGAUUGUCAACAAACUGAAAACAAUCAGCUAGUUGAUUGUUUUUUUUUGUUGUUGUUGUUUUUUUUUUUUUUUGUUGUUGCUUUUAAUAAUAAUAUUAUUGUGGACAUAAUCUGUUGGAGACAUGCAGCCCUACGUGUGUUUGGACACGUGGAUUUGGACAAGGAGAUCCUUGCUGACUGAGCAUGGUUAAAAUUUGAUGUAGGCAAAUGAUUUCCGGGAGCCUCUGGAACAAACUUUCCUGGGGCCUCUGAAGGCCGGACCCUCUUUUUCCUGCCACUUGUUAAAUAUUAAGUUGGAGAGAGAGCUUGGGACAAUGUACAAUAUAGCGCCAGCAUGUGUGACUUUUUUAAAAUUUUUUAUUGUGUUUUUAUUUUAAUUUGUUUGUUGGCAUGCCUCCGUUCACAGAGAUGUGCGCCACCGAGCUACACCUUUAUCCUUUAACAAGGGCGACAAAUAGACGAGUCACAGGAAAUUCUGCCGUUUUGAGGGGAUUUGGACCUUGGAAAUGUUAAAUAUUAAACCAUCCUGACUUCCUUUUUAAAGCCUGUUCUCGUGCUUAGCCUGUAUGAAGUCUAUAGUCUUGCCAUAUGGAUCCAUGCUUUCAUUCAUUUGCAGUCCAUGGUGCAAUUCCUAUUGUAAUACCUAUAAAUAAUCGUCCAGGAGAUGUGUUUGUACCAAUCAUAGCUCCUGUAAUGUGCGUGUGUGUCUUCAUAUAAGUGUAAAAGUAAAUCCCAGCAUGAUAUCCAGGCUAUGUGUGUAUGUGUGUGUGUGUGUGUGACUGUGUAUGCUUGGUGUUAAAGUCCGCCCCUGCAAUAAAAUAUGGACUUGGUUGAA